GGAGGGAGUUUUGAGGGGUCCCCGGGAUGAAGCCCCCCCCUCAGCCCAGUGCCAUGGAUGCCCUACACGAGGCCGGGAUCCACACAGCCGUGGCCCUGCAGGCUGGGCCGCCCUGGCUGGAGCAGUUCUGGCUCUUCCUGACCUCCCACUUGGAUCCCAAUUCCAUCUACACCAUCUGCUUCCCGCUGGCCCGUGGGCUGGAUGACAACGUGUCCAUCAUGGUUCUCUGGAUCGCCCUCGUGGCCGAGUGGCUCAACGUGGUCCUCAAGUGGUUCCUGUUCGGGGAGCGCCCGUACUGGUGGAUCCACGAGUCGGGGCUCUCCAGCCGGGUGCAGCUCCCGCUGCGCCAGUUCCCGGUCACCUGUGAGACGGGACCAGGGAGCCCCUCGGGCCACUGCAUGAUCCUGGGGGCAGCCCUGUGGCCAAUUGUCUCUGCCCUGACCAAGGGAAUGUCCAGGUACACCCAGAGCCGGCUGCUCAAGUUGAUCCCAUUCCUGGUCUACAUCCUCCUGCUGGUGGCCAUGGGGCUCUCCCGAAUCUUCGUCCUGGCCCACUUCCCCCACCAGGUGGUCACCGGCUCCUUGGCAGGGAUGGCUCUGGGCUGGGGGCUGCAGCGCUGGCCCCCCAACUUCCUCAAGUGCCGCUUCUUCCUGGGGAUGGCUCUGGGGCUGCUCCUGAGCGCAAUGGCCCUGCACGGGCUGGCCACAGCCACGGGCCUGGACCUGGACUGGUCCCUCCACCGGGCCAGCUCCCGGUGCUCGGAUCCGUCCUGGCUGCGGCUGGAGACGCGGCCCUGGGCGUCGCUGUGCCGGGUGAGCGGCACCGCCCUGGGGCUGGCCCUGGCUGCCCGGCACCCCCUGAGCCGCCGGGCUGUGCAGGAGCUGCGGGGGCUGGAGCCGCCCCUGGGCAGUGCCACGCUGGGGCUGCUGGCCCUGGACCUGCUGCACAAGCUGCCCAAGAGCGAGGACACGGCCCUGUGGUACCUGAACGUGGGUGCUCGCUACGCCCUGGGGCCCGUGCUGGUGGGGUCCCUGCUGCCCCAGCUCAUCCUCAUCCUCCGCCGGCUCCGGGCAACCCCCCAAAACCACCCCCGUGGCGAGUAGGGGGCCCCGCUCUGGGUUCAGCUCUUCCCCGGCUGUCCCAAGGACCCCCAGCUUGAGUAGAGCGUGUCUGCUCUGUUCCCAGUUCAUUCUCACACUCCCCAAGGACCCCCAGCUUGAGUAGGGGGUGUCUGCUCUGUUCCCAGUUCAUUCUCACACUCCCCAAGGACCCCCAGCUUGAGUAGGGGGUGUCUGCUCUGUUCCCAGUUCAUUCUCACACUCCUUUUGCCCCAGGGAUCCCAAAACUGAGUAGGGGUCCCCACUCCUGUCCCAGUUGAUUCUCACACUUACUUUCCCCAGGGACCUCCAAAUUGAGUGGGGGUCCCUGUUCUGUUCCCUGUUCACUCUCACUCCUUCCCCACAAACUGAGCAGUUGUCCCAGUUCAUGUCCUCCCUCCCCUGCCCCAGGGAACCCCCCCAACUCCGGGUAGGGGCUCCCUACCCUCCCUCCCCUGCCCCAGGGGCUCAGCCUGAGCUGUGCCUGUCCCCGGGGGGGCUCCAGGCCAGGGGAACCCCCGGGGCAGAGCCGAGGGUGCCCCGUGCCCAGCGGGUCUGGGGACACAGCACAGGGGCAGCCCCGGCCUGGGGACACUGAGCUGACCCCAGUUGUCCCCUCCCCUCUGCAGCAGGGACAGGACCCCCCCCC